CAAAGAUCAAUUAUCAAUAUAUACAGUUCAAGUUGACCUUCAGGACAAUAUACAGAUUGUAGAAUGGAUUUAUGGUUCUGAAAAUGAAUACAACGUGUUGGAUGCUUGGAUAUUUUGCUUGUAUUCUGAUUCAUGCAUUGUGUAGUAAUGCGCAGCAAUCCAUGACGUCACAACCCAAUGCUGCGUUACAAAUGAUUCGUCAGCAUCUUCAACGUGAAUCAACAAUGAAAAUUACUCUUUUGAAGACCUUGAAAGUGGUACUCGGUGAUAUAAAAUUGUUAAAAGAAGAAAGAGAAAAGCACACAGCGUUGAUAAAUGCACUCAGGCAGGACGUAAAUGCUUUAAGAUCUAGUAUAAAGGGCCUCAGGGAUGUUAACAAUGAACAAAAUCUCCGCAUUCAUGCUCUGAAUGAGAAAUUAUUAUUACAGAAUGUUACAACGAUUGAUUUAUCAAAGUCAAAUGAAGACUUACAGGGAAAAAUUGUCUCUUUAUCGCAGGACAUUAUAAAUCAAAGACAAAACAUUCAAAGUUUACAAUCAUCGUCUUCAGCUAAUAGGAGAGAAAUUAACUCCAUUUCGAACACAGCGUCUCAGUUGGACAAGAAUGUGAAGUUUUUAGUGGAAGAAAACAUUGAACAAGAUAGAAAAGCAAAUACUUUUCAGGAAGUCAAUAAUCAACAGAAACGCAAAAUUCAGAAUCUGAAUGAAAAGUAUGUUUCACAAGAAAGAAAGAUAAAUGCAGUUAUUGCAGACAAAAAUAAGAUUAAUAGAAAUCUAAAGACUCUUAUUGAUGGAAAUGCGAAGAGGGACACUGAGAUCAGAACACUUGCGGAUGAGAAUUUUGAAAUAAAAAAGGAAAUAAAACAGAUAUCUCAAAGUAACUUAAAUCAGAAAAGAGAAGCAAGGGGACUCGAAAAUGAAAACAGUGCAAUAACUCGACAAAUUAAUACAUUAAUUGGAAAAAAUGAACAGCAGGACAAUGAAAUUGAAAAUUUGAAAGAGGAGAAUAGAGUUCAAAGUGGCGAUAUUAGAACAUUGACAGGAGAAUAUGUGGAACAAGGCAAAUUGAUUCAAACACUAAAGGACAAGAGUGAAGUGAUCAAUCAAGGAGAAGUGAGAAAGGAUCAGUCAGAUGGAACCCCAUACCAGGCCGUGAACGACGACAGGGACGAUUGGAAUCAACAGGGCGAUACAACGGAGGUGUCACCUGUGGCGUUAAAACUACAAAGGGAUAUAGAUUUCUUACAUCAAAAUGUCAGCAGUGUAAACGAGAAAAUUCUGUCUCUUGAAAACAGUCAGCGAUUUAUUCACUCAAAUCUACAUGAAAUACGAAUUGCCGAUAAACGUAAGACUAAGGGGGACGUGUAAGA